AUGUGGAUAGUUUGCACUGUUUUGACUGUCACCAACGUCUUCCCCGACGACCCAAGCAGUGUUCGUUAUAUGGCGAGGACGGACGCUAAAUCGUCGCUGAUACAUCUAACUCCCUGGUUUAUUUUCCCAUAUCCAGGUCAGUUCGGAAUGCCAGGUUUUAACGUUGCGGUGUUUAUCGGGUUUUGCGCAUCCUUCCUUGCAUCGUUGGUCGAGUCCGUGGGGGACUAUUUCGCUGCGUCGAAGGCAUGUGAAGUGGAUACUCCGCCAAAUCACGCGGUAAACAGAGGGAUCUUGAUGGAAGGGAUAGGUGGUCUACUAUCUGGUGCCACGGGUGUCGGCCAUGCCACGACGUCCUACAGCAGCAACAUUGCAGCCAUUUCUGUGUCGAAGACAGCGAGCAGGCACGUGAUGAUCUGUGCAGGAAUGUUGCUGCUUAUCUUUGCCUUCCUUGGGAAGUUUGGUGCUGGGUUGGCUUCCAUACCCAACCCAGCUUUAGGGGGUGUCCUCCUCCCAACGUUGGGGAUGCUGGUCGCCCUUGGGUUGUCUACACUCCGUUAUGUCAACUUGACUUCGUCCAGAAACCUCACAAUUUUGGGGACGGCAAUGUUUGUUGGUAUAUGUCUUCCCGAGUGGAUUAACUUGCAUCCAGACUUUAUCAACACAGGAAACACUGAAGGUAAUGCCAUUCUGAAAGUGAUCUUUGGUACCCCAAUGUUCCUGGGCGGUAUGAUUGCUGUGAUUCUUGAUAAUACCGUGAAAGGUGAUAGGGUCCGGCCUGAAGAUACCAUAUUGGACAAUAGAAUAGGUUGUGUUCUGGGAAAGAAAGAAGGAAAAAGAGCUCGGAGAAGAGAGGGUUUCCAAUAUAGCAUUGGGUAA